AUGCGUAACCUUACUCAAAGCCUGUCCCGGGUGAUCCGGAAACCACAUCUGCCCAUGAUUCACCAACGCUUCCCAAGCUCAUUGAGAAGUCUUAGCACUGGAGCCUCAUCUACGGCUGCCGGUGAGACCCUCAUCCUCUCCUCAGGGCGCAAACUCGGCUACCACACAUCCGGCCCUGCCACCGGAACGCCAAUCAUGUACAUUCACGGGCAUCCCGACUCUGGAGUCACCAUCACCGGGCCACUUGAAUCCCGUAUCGCCCAGGAUCUCAAUAUCCGAUGGAUCGGCCCGGACCGCCCAGGAGUAGGCCUCUCAACACGAUACGAUUCUCAACAGGUUCUCGACUAUCCUGCCGACAUCGACGCUCUCGCCAAGCACCUGGAUCUUCCCCGCUAUUACAUCAUUGGCACAAGCGGAGGGACAGGUUUCACGUUGGCAUGCGCAAAAGAUCUUGGGUCGUCAAAGUUGAAGGGUGUUGGCAUCUGCGCGGGCAUUGGGCCUUUAGAAUGUGGGUUUGACACCAUGGUUGAAACCCAACGAAAAGCUCUGGAGGCAUGGCGAGAUUAUCCAGACGAGUUCAAGGAAUACUACGAGUCAGAAUACGUACCGCUUGCACAGCAAGAGGACAUGACUGCGCUAACAACCCGGCUCCGCGGCGAGUUUGAAGCAAGUUUCACGGGAAAAGAUCUUGAGUUCAUGAUGCAGGAAAGUGUGUUGAAAAUGUCUGUCAGCUCUCUCCGUCAGGCGUGGAUUCAAGGGGCUUGGGCACACGCCAAAGGCAUGGAACUUCACUGGCGACCUUGGGGGUUCAAGCUGGAGGAUGUGGUGUUUCCCUCCAUCAAGCUUUGGUAUGGCGGAAGAGAUAAGAGUACGACGCCGGUGAUGGGGAAAUACAUGGCUAAUAGGUUGGAGGGAUCCGUGUACAAGGAGUUUCCAGAAGAUAGCCACUACACCAUAUGGAGGGAAGGAAAUCUAGAGGAGAUCGUACGUGAUCUGUUGGAAGAGUAG